AUGGCGAAUGUUCACCCUCAUGAACCUUUGAAACAUUAUAUUGCCGCAUCCGAAAACACGAUUGGGUGUAUGUUGGCUCAAGAUGAUGAGAAUGGCCAUGAACAAGCCGUUUAUUACCUCAGCCAAGUUUUAACUGAUAUCGAGACAAGGUAUUCACUUAUUGAAAAAUUGUGCUUGCCUUUGUAUAAAGCUUGCACAAAGUUAAAGUGCUAUAUGGUUGCCAAACCUGUGAAAAUCAUUGCACAAACUGACCUUGUUAAAUAUAUGUUGUCUUCUCCGAUGUUGCGAGGUCGAUUAGGGAAAUGGAUGUUAGCAUUAACAGAGUUUGACUUGCAAUAUGUUCCAGCCAAGGCUGUGAAAGGACAGGUCAUUGCAGAUUUUCUAGUUGAUCAUUCAAAUAAUCUGAAUGACCAAGGGGCAAAUAUAAUUGAUGUCCAUGUCGAUUAUUGGAAGUUAUAUUUUGAUGGUUCGAAGCAUAAAGAUGGUGCAGGAAUGGGAAUUUUAAUUAUUUCACCAGAGGAAAUUCUAUCACAAUUUUUGUUUGAGUUAAAAUAUUCUUGCUCGAAUAAUGUGGCUGAGUAUGAAGCUUUAAUUUUGGGCCUUGAAAUUUUGAUCAGAAAAAGGGCUUUAGAAGUUCAAAUCCUUGGAAAUUCUCAGUUAGUUUUGAAACAGUUGUUGAAGGAGUUCAAAUGUAACAAUCAGAAGUUACAAAAAUAUUUAGCAAAGGCAUGGAAAUUGUUAACUUCCUUUCAAAAUGUUUCAUUAGUCCAUAUUCCGAGAAUUCAUACUAAAAUUGCUAAUGAGUUGGCUCAGAUUGCUUCGAGAUAUAAAAUAGGCCCAGAAACAAUAAGAAAAUUGGCAAAAGUUCGCCAAAUAUUAGUGCCGAUGGAUGAAAGAGAAGCUUUCUAUUUGGAUGAAUGGGAAAAUAAUGAUUGGAGAAAACCUAUUGCUGAGUAUUUAAAAAAUCCCAGUAUUCAAUUGGAUAGGAAAAUAAAGUUGAAAGCAAUGAAUUUUGUAUUAAUGGCUGAUGAGUUAUACAAGAAAGGAAUCGACGGAAGAUAUGCUUUAGGGAAAGUCCGUAGAGGUCGACUACUUGUGUUUCAAUCGGAGAUGGUGGAAUCACCUGUAGAGAUUCAGCAAAUACGACAGUCUGAGCUGAAGAAUGAGACUCUUGUUGCUCCGAUCCAAAUGGAUUUUGUUGCGUGGUCUGUCCAGGAGCAAGUGGAGAAGAUGUUGAUUCAAAUUACAGGAAUGGAUUUUCUUCGAACCAAUGGAGGGAUUGAUUCAGUCUCUAAAUCUUCAUUUGAAUCAGAAGGAGCAGCAAGAAUGUCUUGGAUGGGCUAUUCACUUUCUUCUGAAGAACUUUCACUUGAAGAUUGA